CAUUAAGAUGUGUUUUUGGUGAUCUGAUCAAUUGAAAAUAAAGGUGCAAUUGGAAACAAUUAACCAUGUAAAGCCUAAAACUCGAAAUAAUAGUCUGAACAAUUCAAUUUUUUUGAAGUGGAACUGUUUAUUGAAACUUUAAAUACAUACUUGCAUAAAAUGCAUAUAAACCAGCUGCCACUCUAUAUAUCCCAAUCAUGUUCUUAAUAAGAUGAUUUUUAAACAGAAGUUUCUUUGGUCCAUUAAGUGUUAAUAUUUAAAUAUUACUAACAAUAUAAAAAGUCUACUUUAUAAAAAUCAGCAAAAAGCCAUGUGAACCACAACCUGAAGGUGGACAUUUUUGCAAUGUUGUUACAACAUACAAUCAUACUAAAAGGUCUUUUACACAUUUAAUAAGGGUUAGGGUUAGGGUUUUUAGUUUUGAUUUUGAAGCCUUAGAAUAAUUUAUAUAUCAAAUAUAAUAGAGUAGUCUUUAAGCAGUAGGGUUUAAGCAGCAUUAACGCACUGCAAGGUAAUAUUCUGGUUUAUCAGCAUGCCUUAACUUCACACUGAUGGGAAACAGAUGGAUUCUGUUUUACCAGUGCUGCAACUUGAUCUACUCUGUUUUUGUUUCAGUUCAAUAAAAGCACAAGUCACUGCCACUGGCAUUUCUAAGGGCUGUUUUAUAACUUUCAUUUUCCCUUUCCCUGUUAUAAGAUGUAGCUUCUUGCCACUGUGCAUGGUCUUUGGUACAAUAUGAUGAUUAUAGUUUGUAACACAGUACAGUGAAUAUUCGGUUUGGUAUGGCACACCAAGAGGGCUAGGUUUCACUUUCGUUUUUACUUACAUGGUGUCACAGCUUUCAGACAGCCUUUUAGCUCCAAGGCCAUGGAAUCAGUGAGGUGUGAGGAAAGUACUGAGCUUUGGAUAAAAGCGUCUGCUAAAUGACUAAAUGUAAAUGUUAUAGUAUCAAAGUAUAGUAAAAUGUGCUAUUUUUAAAAUAUUUGUAUGGCACACCCAAGGGCUAGGCUUGCCUGCACUUCUCUUAAAUGCUGUCAUAUAGCCUUCACGCCUUAAACCGUCAGUUAUUUAGCUGCCAACACAAUGGGUGGAAUGUCUAUUCAUUAAGGUAAUCUUCCAGUAAUAUAAAGUACCUGAUUCCCUGCAAGCUCAUUAUUUACUCUGAUGUACUCAGUGUGAAAAGGAAGCUUUUUAUUUGUGUCAGUCAAGUAUGGAGUUUGCGCACACGAGAAAGAAAAGCUUUUUGUUCAGGAGGAAAACUAAAAAUGGGAAAGAAAAAAUAGAGCUGACAGAUGUGAAUCUUUCACCAGGGGAACAUGCAUCUGAAUGCAAUCCACAGCAGUCCGGUGCUCCUGAUCUUAUUGCUCUAGAUGUUGAAGCACAUAACAAUAGAGUGCUUCAUACUCUCAGAAAGAUUUUGAGUGAUGAAUCAACCCCUGAGGACUUUGACGCUGCAGUUGAGGUGUUGAAAACAUUGAGCAAGCUGAAUAACAACUUCUCUCAAGACUGGAUUUGUAAGUACCUUCAGGAAAUUGAUCAGUUUGUGGAGAACCACUUUCCCACGCUGCCAGCAGAGGGACCACAAGGAUCUCAGUUGGAGCAGUUAAAGGACUUUCUAAAGAGAACAAAGAGCAAGAUAUAUGAUGAGGUGCUUCGAUUAACACCUGCACUGAAAGAUGCUGGGCUGCUAGAUCAUCUGAAGGACAGUUACAGCCGCCAAAUCUUUACCAACCUGGACCUGCUGCUAAACAGAGAUCUGUCUGUAAAAGAGAUCUUCUGCCUUCUACUGUGGGGAAAAGAUGUUUUCUUCAGUUCAGACUCACAGGAUUUCUUCAGAGUGCACGACCCUCUGCUGUUGACUGGAUGGUUUCAGAAAGCAACAGAGAAACUGCUGCAAAAUCUGCAGAAUUACAUCCGCACGACUCUUCAGAACAUCCUGGACUAUGAUGAGCAACAUAGACAUAAUGGAGAGUCAAUGGAUGAAGAAACAUUCAUUAGAGUUCACUUAGAUGUCACUAAAUGUCUGAAUGAUGUUAUUCAGAGUUUUCAGGAAUUUAGUCACACACUGAUGUGUGCGGCACAAACACUCUGCCUUCAAGAGCUUCAUCAUUUUGUUCAGGUGUAUGUGCAGGCAGAGAAAAAACACCUGGAAAAACAACAACCCCUGGAGAAAAAUUCUGUGCAUCUGUUUCGGCUCAUCAGCACCUGUAGGCAACUCAGAUUUUUUGCUCCUCAACUCAACAAUCCAGAUAUAAACAACAAUAAUGACUUCUCAAACAUCAUCGACAUAUUAAAGGAGAUGGAGGAUCACGUUCUGUCUAUUGUACAGAAGAUGAUGAAACACAUAGCAGAGGACCUUUUAAAGAAAUAUUUUAAAGAAGGAGGUGAGCAAAUCAAAGCACUUACAGAGGCAAUCCAACAGCGAUGUGCAUCUCUACCUCAGACUGAUGUGGCAAAAGAGAUUCAGGAGAUCUUUGUGAAUGUAUCUUAUGACUGUGUUUCACACGUGUAUCUGGAUUGCCUGAUGAAGAGCAGGUUCAGCCAGCUAGAGAUGAGAUGGGGAAAUGCUGGAGAAAGGAUUAGCAAAGACAUUCUCAGUUUACACAACACAUUUACUAAACUGAAUGUCAGUGCUGACCAGAAGAACCAUCUCCUUCAGAGACUCAGUGAAGUUUUGUUUUACAGUGAUAUAGAUGCACUGAAGAUUACCUGUUGUGCUUUGUUCAGAGAUUUCCCUCAGGAGAGUGAGCAGUAUGUACCUGGUCUGCUGCGCUGGAAGGGUGUGUUGUCGGAGCGUCAGGUGAGGGAAGUGCUGGAUGUGAGCCGAGAGUUCACCCUCGAUCUGAAGCCUAGACACGUCACCUGUCAGCCUCUGAAGGGACUUUUCUGUUUUCUUUGAUGUGAAUAACACCAUCAGCCAGAAUUGUAAAACUUUUGGUAACAAGUUUAAUUCAAUGGCAUGGCUGUUUUGUGAUAUUAAUUUAUGAACAUAAACGGGUACAUAGAUAUUUUCAUCAGAUAUUACAAUAUUUGCUUUUACCUGAUGACUUUUUGAUGUUACUUGAAAAUGGGAAAUAAUGUUUCUGUCAGACCACUGGAGAAAAUUGAAUUGACCCUUUUACUCUUUAGCCUUUUAAUCUUUUAUAUGAAAAUAUAAUUUUCAAAGAGUUACUCAUUUUGACUUCUGCCUUUUACAUUGUUACAAAAGAGGAUUGUAACAACAUGUCCAGCUACGAACCUGAAUUAUUAGUUUGAUUAAGAUUGCUGUAGAGGUCUUGAACAGCAUUAUUUUGGUGACAGACUUAACUCUCAAGGGUUCAGAUUCUGAGCUGUCCACAAGCAAACCUCACUGAGGUGUGAAACCCCCGAAGCCUAAUGCAAUUACCAGAUAUAAAAUUCUAUCCAGAAGUGAUAUAAGUCUGUAAAUGAGACUUGACAAGAUUAAACAAUUAGCUGAUAGAUGAUUUCAUGUGCCUGGAGGGUGAGCGACAGAUCAAGGCAAGUGUGAGUUUGAAUGCACUUAUAUAUCUUAUUUAACUGUAGUGGAAGGAGUUAAAAUCCACUGAGUGUCAGCUGAUGCUGGCUGUCACGCCAUGGUCUGCCUGAACAUAUGUUUGAGCUCCAUUCAUCACUCAGACUAUAAUAAAAGUGUCACGAUACGUUUUUUUUUUAAACCAGUGGGUAGCUUUGUGUAUCUUUUAUCUUCUUUGUGUUGAACUUCCUGAAGAAGAGUUUAUUUUCUUUGUUUAUCUGAUUGCUCUGCAUGAUUGACAGAAAUGCGAGAAGUGUUACCUUCUGAGUCGGUUUGAUUGUUGUAAUUUAUUUUUUGGUUCACAAGUUUAAUGAUUCAUUUGUUUUUGUGGGGUUUGUAGAGAAGUGGGUGCCAUUUGUUCUGAAGUGGACUUUCCCGUUUAUGUUAGUUAGGGAGUUAACUUAUUUAGCUGUACUUUUGUUUUCUGCCUUUUUUAGUUUAGUUGUAGUUGGUUCAUGAGGAGUUAGUUAUUUUUGUUGUUUUAGAAAUGUGUUUUUUUUUCUUUUUUUUUUCUUUUUACAAAAUGUAAAGAUUUAUUUGCAAUUUUAUUUCACAAAUAAUUUUAGUAUGUACAAAAUGAUUGCAAAAGGCCUGAGCCAGAGCAAAUCUAAAAAAGCAAGCAAAUAUACAUAAGCAAUGUUGUGAAAGCAAAAUUCAUAUGAUCCUCACUAUGGAAAAGAAGCUCCUGCUAAACUGGAGUGAAUCCUGAUUUUCACUGAACUGAUUCUGGCUACAAGUGAAACAAGUAGUCUGUUGGAAAAAGAUUUCGCUUGAGUCUCUGCCCAGCAGAAAUAUGAUGCUGACUGUAACAAGAACACAGACAGGAGAAAAGUGCAGCAGUCGUUUUUGUUUUCCUGAAUAAUUAAACAGCAGAAACCACCAAACCUACAGUAAGAUCAGGGUGUGAUCUUAUAGUGAUUAGUUAUUUUGAUUAUUUUACAUUAUUUUGAACCUUUUUGAACGUAUUGGAUAUGGUAUUUGGUGAAUGGUUCU